AUGUCAUCCGCUAUGACUCUUGCUAAGAAAUAUGAUAUUUUAGUGGUGGGCGGCGGUACGGCGGGGAUUGGUGCAGCAAUUGGAGCCAGGCAGGCCGCCGGCCCUCAUGCACGUAUCCUCAUGGUCGAGUCUAAGGACUGCCUUGGUGGUGCCGCCACUCAUCGAGGAGUGGUAGCAUACUGUGGACUUUUUACAUUGGAAGAACUCCCCAAACGCGCGAUCGGACGGAUAUGGGAAGAUCUCGAGCGUCGACUCAAAGAGAUAGACGGCACCACCGGUAGGCCAGUUCGGCACUGCGGAAUCUUUCAGGCCCUUGAGCCAGAGUGCUUGAAAUUAGUCCUUGACGAUAUUGUACUGGAGCAUCAUAUUGAUGUCCUUCUUCAUGCGACAGUCGUUGGGGCUCGAUGUGGCCAGGGGCAAAUUGUCUCUUCCGUCGAACUCCAGGAGAGAAGUGGGAGACGGUGGAUUGAAGCUAGGGCUUUCGUGGAUUGCAGUGGAGACGGUGAUCUCGCAUAUCACUGCAGCGCGUCGACUCUAUCUGGCAAUCAUGGAACUGUGAACUUGGGCUCAUUAGCGACAUGCUUUGUCGGGUUGGAUUCAUCUGCCAAGCCGACCGCCGCCAGCUGGCGUCAAGCUAUCAUCGCGGCCAAAAUGGAGGAUCCCGCCUUGUUAAAAGUGAUUCGAAAGAACGAGUCCGUCCUAAUCCGCCUUCCUCAGUCGGGUCAUGUUGUUUCCUUCCUAGCCUCGGCGACAUAUGACACGAGAGAUGCAGCCAGUAUCACCGCUGCUGAGGUCUCUGGGCGUAAACAGGCCCGAGAAUAUCUGAAAUCUUACGAAAAUUGCCCGGCCAUGAAAAGAUGUAUCUCGCCUCAACAGGUCCCAAUUUCGGCACUCGGGAGAGCCGUUACGUCAAUGCAUCAUAUGAACUGA